CAGGAGAUAUUUGUGUAACGGCUCGUAAUAUUGUAACGCUGUGUGUCGCGUGUAUGUCGCGGGGGGCGUUAGUUUGACAAAGGCGCGCUUUAAUCGUCAGAGGAGAGUUUAGGACUGUGCGCAUCCUGUGGCUGGGUCAGUGUCGACGGAUGUAGCUUUAAAACGCGAGGAAAAGCUUUGAGCGAACGGCGGGUUCUGUUUGUUUCUUUCUGACGUCGUAAUGUGAGGCCUGAGAUCAGCUUGACAGACGAAGCAGCUUCCUGGCUUCUUUAUCCGAAAGUUCGUUGAGGUGUAGCAUCGGGGUUCGACUGCGACAUCGCCCCGCCGAUGCGUUUCUGCUUUUCCGCUCACAGGCUCGGUAUGUCGGAUGAAGAUUCCCGUGCCAGCACAAGCUCUUCCUCUUCUUCCUCUUCGACCCAUCAGCAGCAACAGCAGGAGGCGAACCCCCCAAAGAAAAGGGACAGUAAAGCCAGCAUGAGCAAAACCUCCAAACAUCUGUCCACCAGUGCUAAGAGAAUUCAGAAGGAAUUGGCUGACAUCACAUUGGACCCUCCACCAAACUGCAGGUGAGUCGUUUGUAACACCCGGCUCUCU